AUGGGUCAGCACAACCGCAUUCUGGGCGCAGUUAACCAGUGUGAACUCGCUGCAGCUGCAAAUAAUCGUGUUCAGUGUGCCAAUCCAGAGCAAGUCGUGGUAACACACUGUGAACUCUUCUUUUACGCUUGUCGCGUAGUGGAGCGCUUACCACGCACGCAGCUCGUCACUCCGCUGGAGAAUUUCCCCCACUUUGCCGCUCUUGAUCCGCUGUUCCUUAUGUCUGAGGAACUGACAAAGUCCUACACACCGAGUCUCCAGCAAGCUGGUUUUGUCCUCCGGCGUCUGUCAGUAGGUGACCUUCAGUCCGCCCUCGCGCUGACUUCGAUCAAGACUCCUCAAGGGGCGGUCAGCAGCCCCGCCGCUAACCAACCGUCAUCUACUUCAAACGGAGUGUCUGCGGCCAGCGUAGAGUUAACUUCAUCGCCGGAUGGGGUAGCUAGAGCCUGA